UGAAAAGCUGAGACACCUGUCCUGGACUGGCUUCAGUCACACUGACAACCACUACAACAACAACAACACCAGCAGCUCCAGUACAGUGUGAGCCCUUCUGAACAAAGAUGAGUGCUGCAGUGAAGGACCCGCCGCCCUACAUCAUUCCAAUGGAGGGUUCAGGAGACAAUGUCAAAGUCUACAAGGUGCACACGCCGUUCAACCCAGCUUCUUCUGAAGACUUACAGAUGAGGACCCAUUCUUCAGGGGUUCAGGCCACUUCUGCCGACAACGCCAAGAAUAAGUAUGUGAGCUACGACUCGGAGCUGGGCCGCUCUCCGGGCACCACCACCUGCACCAGCUGCAGGGAACAGGUCCUCACCAACGUCACCUACAAAGUGGGCGCCUUCGCCUGGCUCAUGUGCAUCCUGUUCAUUCUGUGCGGGUUGGUGAUCGGCUGCUGUCUGAUUCCAUUCUUUGUCAAGUACUUUAAAGACGCCUACCACACGUGUCCCAGGUGCAAUCGGAUUCUCCACGUGGAGAAGAAGCGAUGCUGCUGACCCCAGCCGUCCUCCUGAGCCCACUGUUGUACCCACUGCUGCACCAUUGCUGCCUCCACUGCUGCACCAUUGCUGCCCCCACUGCUGCACCAUUGCUGUACCCACUGCUGCACCUCUGCUGCACCACUGUUGCACAACUGCUUCCAAACUGUGUUCCAAAAGCUCAGCUUGUGAGAAUGCCACGAUUGCACACAAAUCACCAUUUAGUCGCUUGUUGUUGUUGCAAAGGCUAAUGGACAUUACUGCACCGGUCCUUCUCUACCAGAAUGUAUUAAUAAUGUAAUUUUACCUUAUUUUAAAUUAGAGGUGGGACGAAACUACCCAACUAACAAUUUCAGUUAGUAAAACAAUUUCUAAAUGUUACUAUUAAUGUCUUUAGAGUGUUCAAACAAUUUAAUGUAAAUUUGUUUUAAACACACUGGUAAUGUAGCUGUAAAUUCUAUAUAUGUUUUUAGAAUCUUACUUUUAACGUUUUCAUAAUGUUAGUAUUCAUCUGGCUGGGAAUGUUAUGUAAGAAACAUUCCAAUAACAUUGUGAUGAAAAACAUCAUAUCACACAUUUUCAGAACAUUCCUGGAUUUUUUUUUUCUGUAAUGUUAGGGGUUAUCCUACCUUUCUUAAACCUUUCAAAACAUUGCUAAAUGUUCUUAUUAUGUUCUUUGUUAGCUGGGUAGUUCCAUGUACACAUUUGAAAUGUCUCAUAUACAUAAUUGGAAAAAGUGAAAAUUAAGUGGCCCUUUAAUGUUUUUUUUUUUUGUAAUAAAGCAAGAUUUUAACUUUUGAAAAAAAAAUAAAAAGAAUAAUAAUUAUAAUGCUUAAAAAGACCUGUCAAAAAAAUAAAGACACUUUUAAUAGAUGAAAUGGCUUAAAAAAAAGGACAUUUUGAAUUUUCCUAUAAAAGUCUGACAACAAUGCAAAAAUUAAGACAUUUUAGACAUUUAACUAAACUUAAAUUUAAAGUUAAACUUAAAGUUAAGAGAUUUUAACUUGCUAAGAUGUCAAUUUUUGCAGGGUGUUUUGCAGUUUGGGGACCCAAUGCUUUAUGUCCAGUGUUUACGAGUUUAUCAAGCUUUUCUAAUCUUUAGCAGUCUUCACUGGUUCUGGAGAGUCGAGGAAAGGGAUCGAGAAUAUCUGGUUAAUGUCGGGGUCAUUAAUGGUGACCCUGGGAAGAGUUGAACAGAACAGAAAGGGUAUUUGACCGAGAAAAUAAUAUUAAGCUACUUUUUUAAAUAUAUUUACCUCACCAAAAUAACCUGCCUUACUCCAAUUUGUAGCCGUACAGAGCACAGAAGCACCAGGAUGGGUAAUCAUCAGCUAACCGUCACCCAGAAGCACAAAUCCAGCCGUUAAAACGUUAGAUAAGUCUUGAGGUUAUUCUUUUAAAACGUUUUGCUUUGUACAUAUUAAUGCUUUAUCUCUUUUUUGUGACUUAUUUUGUUUGUUUUUUUGUCUCAUUCUGUAUCAGUAGUCUAUGACACUUAACAUGCCAAUGUAUGAAUAGACCAAUGAUACGGUCGGAAUUCAUUUAUGAAUUUCCAUUACAAUUAUAUGUUUUCUCCGUAUUCUAUUGUAUCCGAUGGGAUUUAAAAGCAUCACUGUGCUAUUGCCACCACAGAGCCUAAUGCAUUGAAGGGAAUUAAAGAUUAAAGUUUUAUUUUCA